AUGUCUGCCUUGACUGUUGAAGAGGAUGGCUCUAAUAGAGAGCAAGCUUUCACGAGUGUAACUGAUAGGCUCGAUAAACUGAUCGUAUUGAUGGAGGCUCAAGCAAAGUAUAUGCAACCAGUUGCAAAAACAGAGACGGGCUCCAGAGAGGCUCCCGCUCCAUCGUCCGUUUUUCAGGAGGUGUCCGAACAUCUACGCAGGAUUCAUGAGAAGCAAGCUGCAGCAGACAUGGCAUCGAGGCAGCCACUGCCUCAGAGCUCGGCGACGAGUGCUAGUGCUUGGAGUGCCCUUCUGCGCUCGCAUAUGAACAACGUGGAUCCCAUCAUCAGCCAGUGGCGAGGUACUCUCGAUACAUUGUUGAUCUUUAUUGACCAUGAUCGUAUUCCUCGUCACAAACAGAUCGCCCUUUUUUCCGCGAUAGUUACAGCUCUUUACGUCCAGUCCCUGGCCAGCCUCUCCCCGGACACAGGUGAACGAACGAACGAGUUACUCCAGAACCUGACCGAAGUCGUCAUCGUACUCCAAGGUGCAAGCGGGGUGAAUUUGAACUUCACCCAACCAUCGCUCUUUGAGCCAGCAACCAGCGUAAUACGGCUCAACUUCUAUUUCUCUAUUUCUCUUGUUCUCAGCAUUUCUGUGGCUGCUCUAGCUGUUACGAGUCGUGGGUACAUCACGAUGCUCACUCGCUCUAAGCAUCGUCAAGCUCACAAGAAGUUGGGCGAACUGCAUCGUCGAUGGCUGGAGGCCAAUCGCCUUCUCGCGCCUGCCAUAGAAGCGCUACCACAGCUGUUGAUCCUGCCUGUGCUGCUGUUUAUCGUCGGCCUGAUCGACAUGCUCUUGUCUAGCUCAAUUCCUCUCUCAAACUCUGACGCGCUCCUAUUUGCGGCUGGUGUCAUCUCGUGCAUCUUCAUCGUGGCCAUAGGCAUCUACAUAAUUUGGACAGUAGUCCAUGGCUGUACGCAUCCCGACCUGUCCCCCUUCCAGUCAACUUUGUCGAGAGUACUUGUGUCUCGUGGUCCUGGCUGGCUCAAGACUAUGAAAGACAUGCCUUCGACAUGUCUAAAGCUAUGGUACAAAAUCGUGACGAGUUUCCGAAAAAUGAAGAAUGAUUACUUGUUACCAUUGUUCAAUGCACAACAAGGUGAUAGGCACAAUGAUAACGGCUCUCUGCAUCAUGAGCCAGUUGUCGCAGUGCCUAUUCGGGACCAUCCUCCUAUUAUUUAUACUGCUGCAGAUUUUUACGGCCCACACACAGUUAUCGCGAUGCAUGAACACGAAGCUUUCCAUGCUGCCUUGCACCAUACGCAUGAUUACGAUGUACUUGAUCAGGCUGCUGCUGCCUUGCUUCCGUUGGCUAGAUCUCGGGUUCCUAUUAUACGGGGUCUUCUUCAUGGACUAGAUAGAAAACCAUGCAUGUCUCCUCUCGAGAAAAAGGCUAUACUCUAUCUUCUGUCGGACGAGGCCAGUAUUCGCAGCAACCUAACAGCAGCAGCUACCUUAUGUUUGUCCCAACCUUUCGAAGAACCUGAAUUUCUCCCUAUGCUUCAGCAUGCCGCUAUUCGCUAUUCGUACCACUGUUCCGGGCUCCGGACGUCCAAGCAACUUUUGAAUUGCGCCUUCACCAAGGCAAUGGCUAACAUCCUCUGUAACAAGGUUACAUCGCCGAUGACCCUCAGAAAUGCCCAUGAAGAACUUCUGACAAAAGCACCCGUGUUAGGCAUAUUAUUGACUGAUCGACGGAGCAUGUUCCACAACAGUAACUCAGCGCAGAGAGACAGGCCAGAAGGCGUGGCUCUUUAUGAUGUGAAUUUUGUUCUGGACAUCUUACGCAACUCAUUGAGACAGGACAUACCACAGUUGACACAAGUAGACCACUUUUUUUCUCACUCUGGGGUUACUCCGCUACUGGACAACCUGUCAACCUGCAGAGAUCAUGGAGUUCGGCCUUAUGGAAAUGAGUUCGGGACGCAUUCGGAUUAUUGGGAUCAUCCAAUCUUCGCAGCUUUGAUGCUGGGUUUCUCGACCACAGAGUCUCUUGCGGGCCAGUCUUUCAACGACAUUGACGGCCGUCAUCAGGCAGCCACGAAAGUAGUCAUGUGGUUUAUGGAGCGCUAUUUUUACUCACCACACCACUCGCUGCGUGUCGAUUUAUCUUCCGCCAUCAGAGGUAUUCUCAAGCAUCCUCUCAUGGAUGCUGUUCAUGAAGACCAUAUGUUCUUCGACCUGAAUGUCGGGACCGGCCGGGGCCCGGGCAUGUUUAAUUUUUCCUAUUUGAAGAAAAUAUUAACUAUCUACAGUGCGACUUACUACGCGAAGUACGCUGACUCCGUUCAGGGAAACUCUGCACAACUUGCCUUACACUCUCGCGGCAUCUUACAGGCUGCAGUUGAGGUUGUAAACUUUAUAUCUUUGAUUAGUGAAGUUCAUCCCUGUCACGGUCACUUAUUAGGUUGCAAAGCCUGUGAAGAUGAAAGAUUCAGUGCUGAUAACGGUGGUGUCCACUUCCUUCCGUCUCUCUUCUGUGCCUUGCAAGAUGUCACUGUCGUUUGUAUGUUGAGAAAGCUCCACCAUCGAGCUCCUUUCGUUCGCAUGACCGUCGAGGAAACAGAGCUUGUGCAAAAAUGUCUUUCGAGGCCUGAUGGUGGCCUUCCCAUUUAUCAUAAAGCACAUUCUCAUUCCGAGAAUGUUCGCCACAUCUGGUUCAAAUCAUUCAUGCGCUUUGCACCGGAAGUUCCAGUGCUUCCGCAUCACCUUUACCGUGCAGAACUCUUUGGUAUUGACAAUACGUUCAUGGAUAUCAACUGGACUUGGUUUGAAACUGCUCCGGAUGUCGCAAUCGAUUAUACUUACGUGAACGCAACUCUACGAUUUGGGAGGAAGGAGUGA